UGUUGAUCAGGAAGCGCUGGGUCUGAUCACAGUGAGUUGCUUCGGAAGCAUCUUGCGUUUCCUGAGGCGACCAAAUGGCUACUUCUCAGUUUCAAUACUUAGAAAUCUUACACAACUGAACUCAUAUAGGUUAUACGGUCGAAAUAGAUCAGCAUAAUUAAAAUCAGACGCAUACAGACCAGUGUUUGGCGAAUAAUACACGUUGUUCCUCCGUCGCGUAACGUUACGCGCAGCGCUUCAGCAACUGAGCUAGCGCUAAUCACAUCUGAAUAGCGCCUCAGAUACUGUGAAUAUAAAGAUGUCCAAGCCCCCGAAUUCUGCUUCUCGGUCCAGGUCCAGGUCCAGGUCUAGAUCACGGUCCUACACACGAUCUCACUCAAGGAGUCGCUCCCGUUCGAGGUCCAGGAAGCGUCGCUACAGCUCUAGAUCAAGAUCCCGUUCGCAUAGCAGGGAGAGGAACUAUCCUUCCAGAGAUUUCCAGGGCAAUCGUGGGUAUAACCGUGGUUUUCGUGGCUACCGGAGACCCUUUCCGUACCGGGGCAGAGGGCGUGGCUUCUACCCACGAGGUAACUAUCAUAGAGGUGGCAGCAACUAUGGUUACCGUUCCAACAACUGGCACGGCCAUAGAGACCAACAGCAGCCGUAUGACCACUCGUACAGCCCUAGGAGGGGGCGUUCGCGUUCCCACACACCACCACGGAAACGAUCACCGAGCCGUAGCCGCUCACGCCAUUCCGAUAGGUCAUCCUCUGUGCGUUCCAGGCGUUCCAGCUCUUCCUCUCGCUCGUCGUCCCCACAUCGACGCAACUCUAGUGCGGGACGACCCCAUUCUAAAGAUCGCAAAGAAAGGGGUUCACCAGGGGAGAGCAAGGGAACCAGCAAGGAAUCUUCCAAGCCUGCAGGAAGCACCCCGGAGGAACACAGUACCAAGUGGGAAGGCCUAACUGACUACGAUACCAGCCCCAAACGCAAUGCUGCAUCUGCUGGUGGUCAGCCGGAGAUCAAAGUGUCCAUUUCCGGAGGUGCCGGCAACGGUGGUCCACUGUGGCGAAGCAUCGGCCCUGCCAGUAAAAGUCCGCCGGCAAAGACGUCAACCUCAAGUGGCUUCGGGUUCUUCUCAAAGGAAGACGCGAAGACCGAAGACAAAUCGGCCUCCAUCUCGACCGCUUUCAAAAAGUUUUUGGCAGAAAAGAAAAAGCCCUUAUCAGACAGGGAUAAUGGCAGAGGUGAGACUUUAAGCUUGGGCGACGCUGACAGCGAGAAGAGCGGAAGUAAGUUGAGAACGCUUUUCGACGUCUCCGAUUCUGGCUAUGAUGGCCCAAAGACUGACAAAGGACUUCCAUUUUUAGAUGCAGAAGAAGAGGAGUAUCGCCAAGAAAUGAAAGACAGGAAGACCGAAGAGGAAUCCAAAUACAAAGAAAAAACCGUCGUCACGAUGCGCGACUUAACCGAUGAGCGUUUCGGGAAAUGGGAUGAAGAUGUUGAGGAGGGACUGGACGAGGAGCUUUAUCGCAGUCGGAAGCAUGCGUCUAGAAAAGAAGAGAAGGCCUCCAAGAAGAAGGAAAAGAAAAAGAGCAGGAUCAGUCCAUCCUCUCCGUCUCCAUCCAGAGUAUCAGAGAAUAGAGGCAGGCCACUGUUUCCAGCUGGAAGAGAAGCCUCGCCUCUAGCUAAAUCCUCAGCGAAGAAAGACCCGCAGUUUAAUUUCAGUAUAAAAGCAUUCACUGAAGAUGGAGAAAGCUCAACAGGUGCUUUAGCUAAAGAAAGACGUUUGUCACGGGAUCUUGUGCACCCUGGUAAAAAAGAUCAUGAGGAGUUUCGUUCGAUCUUCCAGCAUAUUCAGUCUGCUCAGCUUCGCAGAAGCCCCUCAGAGCUAUUUGCUCAACAUAUAGUCACCAUAGUACAUCAUAUUAAAGCUCAGCAUUUCCAAUCAUCCGGGUUGACUCUGAAUGAGCGAUUUGGAAUAUACCAAAGAAAAGCUGCAGAGAUCGAAAUGAUGAAGCCGAGGAAGAGUCCUGAGAUCCACAGGCGAAUUGAUGUGUCUCCCAGUGCUUUUAAGAAGCACUCUCACCUGUUUGAGGAUUUCGAAGAGAGCGGCUACAAGGAACAUGGUAAAAGGCAUGAGGGUGAUUCAUUGGACCUUCGCUUGGCUAUUGAGCGCCGUAAAAAGGACCCUAAACGAGAGGGGGGAAAGAGUUCAGCUGGCUCGCGCACGCCCAGCCACGAACUCUCCCCUGACAGAUCCUCCAAACACAAGAAAUCAAAGAAAAGCAAAAAGAAGCGAGAGCGCUCUCCUUCCUCGUCCUCAUCGUCGUCCUCCUCUCCCUCCCCUCGCUCGUACAGAUUGUACCAUCCGGAGGAGCACAUGGAGGGAGGAGGGGGUUUUAACAAGGCCCGUCUGGGGUCAAGGGAGUACCCAGGGCCCAUGGAUCGCGGCCCCCGGGACUAUGAGGGCCACAUGGACAGGGGUUAUGAGAGAGGCAGAGGAGGAUACGACCGAGGAGGAUAUGACAGAGGUCAUGGUUAUGAUCGGGGAUUUCCGAGAAUGAGAGGAAGAGGAUGGAACCGGGGAAAUUACCCAGGCAACAACCCCAAUAACAACCCCCCCAAUAUGGGCGGCCCUCCACGGCCCCAGGACGAAGAUUGGGACCCCGAAUACACCCCCAAGAGUCGGAAAUACUUCCAGCAUGACGACCGGGACAAGGAAGGGGAGAUGAAGUGGGUGGACACUCGGGGGCGCGGCAGAGGAAAUUACCCACGCGGCAGGGCCACCUUCAUGAUUCGCAAGAGCGGCGGCAGCCCCAAGUGGACCCACGACAUGUUCCAGGGCAACGCUGAAGAGGGAGACAUGGGAGAAGGAGGCGGAGAACACAAAGACGACGACAAGUCUGGGGACAAUGCUGCUUCCAAGCCAUAGACUGAUUCGUGUCCAUUUGUGUGCUCUUCUCUUUGAGAGUCUUUGUGAGAAAUACAUCCCUGUGUGUUCACAUGUUGGACUGUAAAGACCCAAAAGAGCCAUGUCAUUUAUAGCAACAAACCAUCUGCUAUUAUUCUUCAGUUUUGUUUUUUUUUCGUUUGUUUUCCGGGGUUGUGGGGAGUGAUUGAUAAUAUAAAUUCAGCCAUUCGGUGGCUGAAAUUAAUUGAUUUUCAUUUAAAAAGUGCAAUAAAUCUAUGCACUUGUGCCUUAGAUGUAACUGUAGUUUUAUGAUUCCUUUUUUACGUUUUUUAAAUUUUGAUUUCCCCAGUAGAUUUGCCCUUUUUGUUUGGAAUUGCAUGUAAACUCAUUCAUACAUGCUGCAAUCUUUUGUAUUUUUUCUCUUGUGCUGUAUGGUUCAGUCUGAUUGGAGCAUAUCCCUUGUGGACCAAUACACUGUGUACUGGGCCGAUUUUCUCCAGAAAAUUCUGUUUUAAAAAUGUACAGAUUAAUUCUAACCAAUUGGUUCUCAGCGAUAUUUAACAUCCAAUUUAGCAGAUUUUCUUCCCUUAAAUUAUGCCACUAAUGACUUAAUGUCCACUUACUUUGUGAAGUGUAAUUAAAACGUUUUUUUCUAUUUUGAGCAACAACAAAAGUCAUAUGUUUUAGAUCAUUAUUCAUCAGAUUUUAAAGUGUAGAUAAUAAUAGAACAUGCAAGACAAAGCUUGUAAUGAUGCAUUUAUUGCAUUAUUGUGUUAAACUAUUAAACAAAUUGUAAAAUAGUUCAUGCUGCAUGUUUAGAUCACGUGGAUUUUCUUCCAUUGAUCUGUGUACGCUGCACUGUAAGGAUAUAACUGGGGGACUCAGCUGCUUUCUUUUCAGUGUAGAAAUCCUGCUUUGUGAUGACAUUAACUGUAAUGCUGUGACUCAACGUUCUGUUAACAUUUACAAUCUGUUAACUCUGUGCUUUCAGUCUCCAUGGUGAAUUCGAAAUAAAACCCGUCCUCUGUUUGGUA